AUGGCUUCGAACGCGAGGCCUCGGUUUGAGCCUACACCUUGCGUCCCAGAGCUUGGCCCCCCGCCUCUGAAAUCAGGCGAUACAAUUUGGUUGCCUAUUAUUACAUGUCCCCCUGGCUUUCCCCUCGAAGUGUUUCAAAACUCCAUAUCGCAAAUGGUCCACCACCCAGAAUACAAUUCGACGCUCAUCCUGCGAUCAGAAACCGUUAGUGAGGUUACAACAGACUUCCAUGCUAGAAUCCCAUCUCUAGAUGGUUAUGUUGCUAUUCACAGCAUUAGGAGAAGACUUCUACCGAGAAGGCCUACUAGGGACGGCGAACUCGAACAGCAUUGUACAUUGUACACUGGAUUCCCUUUGGAUAACACGCAUCUCCCGUCCGUGGUGGUGUUGACACCAAUUAUGGAGGGAGGUUCAACGGAACUUCCAUAUUAUCAUCCACGUGUGGCCCAUAUUGCCUUCCGGUACAUUAGCUCAGAAGAAAGUGUACUGAGAAUUGAGGUAUUGCCGUUACCUGAUACGCCAACCGACGUGAACUCGCGGCUCUAUCGCACUUGCUUGGCAUUGUUGGACACGGUGCACCGGUAUGGCUGGGGAGCCAUGGUCAACUACCAGAAAAGAGUGAUCCAUGAUAACCUGGUGCCCAGAGAUCCCUAUCAAGACCUCUAUCUCAAAAUGCGGGAACGCCACAAGCAUCUUGUCGAAACGUGGAAAGAAGUUACCGAUCCACUUAAGCAUGUUUUCGAGGACAUAGGGAUAGCGACAUACCUCAUGUUGCUUUGGAAGGAUUCCUAUUCACAUAUACCUACGCGAACCCUAGAACAUGACGACCGUCCUUGGCUGAGCUGGCCUCGGCCUUCGGGGGGGUUCCUUGACUUAGGAUGCGGAAACGGUUUGCUCACCCACAUACUGGUAUCCGAAGGUUAUGAAGGUCACGGAAUCGACAUUCGAGCUCGCACCUCAUGGUCACAUUACCCAGAAAGUACCGAAAGUCACUUGCACGUACACGCCAUUGAUCCGUUAAGGAAAGACACAACCCAGCCGUUCUUCUCCCCUGGUGCGUUUCUAAUAGGGAACCAUGCCGACGAACUUACCCCUUGGGUCCCCCUCCUCUCUACACUUUAUGCGGCCUCUGGAUACAUCUCGAUUCCCUGUUGCGCUUUCACAUUCGACUCGCGGUUCCAGCGGUCUCAAGCGCUGCCUUAUGACAUUCCGCCACUCCCAUCCAGCUCCAUUGAGCAUCUAAACCUUGGGGGCAGUGGUAAUAAUACGAGUUCUUAUUCGCAAUACAGGAUCUGGCUCGCGUCUUUGAGUCUCCACUGCGGCUGGGAAAUCGAAUGUGACACAUUGCGGAUUCCUAGCACUCGUAAUUGGGCACUGAUAGGCAGGCAACGGUCGCAAAGUGGUGACGAAGCGUUAAGCAAUGUUCAAACGAUUCUAAACGUUGUCAGAGGGAGGGGUGCCUUCAAGACGAGGGAACCAGAAGGAAAAGGGGGAGAUCAUUAG